UGUGUAGCUAAACUUAGUACGAUGCCGAAAUAUUAUUGCGAUUAUUGUGAUACCUAUCUUACACACGAUUCCCCAAGUGUUCGGAAAACGCAUUGCACUGGACGUAAACACAAGGACAACGUUAAAUUCUACUACCAGAAAUGGAUGGAGGAGCAAGCUCAGCAUCUCAUCGAUGCAACGACAGCCGCAUAUAAAGCAGGAAAGAUAGCUCCGAAUCCGUUUGCCACUGGACCACCAAAGCCGAACAUAUCCAUUCCACCUCCGACAAUGAACAUGCCGCCAAGGCCAGGCAUAAUGCCUGGCAUGCCCGCUGGCGCACCACCGCUACUGAUGGGCCCGAAUGGACCGCUUCCGCCGCCAAUGAUGGGAAUGCGCCCACCUCCGAUGAUGGUGCCAACAAUGGGAAUGCCUCCGAUGGGACUUGGGAUGCGGCCUCCGGUAAUGAACGCAGCUCCUCCGCAGCUUAACCCGAAGAACUAAAUCAAUAAUAAUGUUUUCUUUCUCAAUC